UAGUCUAACUAAAUAAUUAUUUAUAAAUUAUAGUAACUAUACUGAGCUUCCAUCGUAUUUUUAAAGCAAAAGUUAUCACACAAAAUUAUUGUACCCACAUUGGUAUUACAUGAAUAGUAUGGGUGUAUCCAAAUUCCAAAUGAAAAGGUAAUAUACGACAAGAAAGGUAUUUAAUCUGUGUAAGGCCAGAAAAAAAAGAAAGGUGUACCUAUUUCCGGAAAAUGACAAAAAUGCGCGCGCAACUGCAGAAUUUUCCUCUAUUUAUAUUUGGCGCGAACCAAAGGAAUGUGAAGCUGCUCAGAGCUGCUCCCAGAUAUUGUUUUCGCAUUUCCUCCCGUUCUCCUCUGUCCUUCGUGUUCGAACUUCGAACGCGGUUGCGCAGUGCGUUUACUGAUGCAGAUCAGGUGUGCAGUAAAUUUUCUUAAAAUUAACCGCGUGGUGCCCGUGUUGUAAUGUGUUAUUUUUUUGUGAUUUCCCAAACGAUUAUAAGAAUGACUUUUUCUGUAAAUGAUUUUGUUUAAAUGUAACAGUUUUCAUAUAUACGUAAUUAGUUUACUGAUCAUGGUGAAUAUUUAACAUUAACUAAACAUUUUACUAAAUAGAAAAUUGAAUUCUAUACAAAUGAAUUCCAAAAAUAGCAAUGAAAUGGAUUCCGGCUUUUUCGAAACGAACUAUGUUUACAUAUUUCAUAUUAUUAUUUCUAUUAUAUUUAUUUUAUGUUUUGAAUACUUGUUUAGUUGACGAAAGAAAGUUUUCCUUCAACUAUUUUUCACUAAAGCAUCACGUGUCCAACUAUAAGAGCGUAAGUCGUCGGUUUGCUGCGUUAUUGGGCUAUAGCUUUAACGGCCAUACAUACAUGAGACUACAUAAACCAAACCUCGUUCCAACGAAGAAACUGCCGGAUGCCUUGAUAAUAGGGGUUAAGAAAUGCGGCACGAGGGCACUUUUGGAGUUUUUAAGGUUACAUCCAGACGUGAGGGCAGCUGGAUCAGAAGUACAUUUCUUUGACAAGUUUUAUCAUAAAGGCUUCGAAUGGUACAGGGACAAAAUGCCACCAACACUCGAGGGGCAGAUAACGAUGGAAAAAACUCCGUCUUACUGGGUGACGAGGUCUGCACCAAGGCGGGUCUAUGCCAUGAACCCUUCAGUGAAGCUGCUGGUUGUAGUCCGUGAUCCAGUGACCAGGGCUAUAAGCGACUACACUCAAUCUGCGAGCAAAAGGCCCAGUCUUCCAAGAUUCGAAGACUUAGCUUUAGUCAAUAGCACAGUGAACUGGGGCGGGGUAUGGUCGAUAGUGGAUUCAUCGUGGCCUCCGGUUAGACUUGGCAUCUAUGCGCGCCCGUUACGACGCUGGUUGCGACGGUUCCCAAGGUCCAGACUCUUGCUGAUCAGCGGGGAGCGAUUGGUUGUGGACCCUGCUUUUGAGAUGGCUAGAGUUCAGGAUUUCCUCGGUCUCAAACUAGUGAUAACAGAAAAGCAUUUCUAUUUCAAUUCAACAAAAGGUUUUCCCUGUCUUCUGAAGUCGGAAAGUCGGCCGACGCCACACUGCCUCGGGAAAACUAAAGGCAGAAACCAUCCAUACAUUGAUCCCGUGGCUAUAGAGAGGUUGAGAGAAUUUUACAGGCCAUACAAUGAAAAGUUUUACGAACUCUCGGGCACAAAUUUUGAAUGGCCCUAACAAAUGUGUUGUACAUAUUGUUAAAUAGGUAACUAGGUACCUAGUCAAAAUAGGAAAAUUCCUAAUAAACUUUUGUUAUUCGUGUAUUUUGUAACUUGAUUUAGUUUAAAUCCUAGAAGGGAAGAAAUAGAUACCUACUGGCAAUCACGAUUAAUUAUUAUUAUUUAUUAAGGUAGAUAAUCGAUACAGCGAAAACUAGAGAAUGAAAAAUUACUUACCUGGUUGUAAGAUUUAUACACAAUUAUAAUGCUAUUUAUACCGGUAUGUAACGAAAUUAUAAAUAGCUAUUUUAGAAAAUAUAAACAAAAUGUUAAUUUGGGUAUCUAUUGUGGAAAUUGAAAUUAGAACAAUAUGUUAGAAUACAAGACGUGUAGCAUAGAACCUUCGCAUAGAACAUGAUAGAACAUAUAGACUACGGGCCCAUGUACAAAAAUGGAUGGGUCAUAUGAACCACCAGAUGACGUAUAUAGGACGAUAUAAGAGCAUAAAAUAAUAC